AUGGAUCUUCUGAAUAAUAGAUCAAUCAUUUCAGAGUUCAUCCUGCUGGGACUUUCCAGUUCUCAAGAAAUUCAAGUAUUCUUUUUUGCAAUCUUCUUUCUUGUCUAUAUAGGUAUUGUAGUAGGAAAUCUACUCAUUGUAAUCUCUGUGAUAUUUGAUAGAAAUCUUCAUUCUCCCAUGUAUUUCUUUCUUGCAAAUUUAUCAUUUUUUGACUUAUGUCUCUCUUCAGUGGCAACACCGAAAGUUAUUUCAGACUUUCUUAAAAAACACAAAACCAUCUCUGUAUGGGGUUGUAUGUUGCAAAUGUUUUUUAUGCAUUUCUUUGGGGGUGGAGAGAUGUCUCUUCUGAUUGGUAUGGCCAUUGAUAGGUAUAUUGCUAUAUGCAAACCUUUGCAUUACAAGACCAUUAUGAGCCGCAGAGUACUCAUUGUGUUACUUUUACUCUCUUGGACAGUUGGAUUCACUCACACCACAAGCCAGAUGAUUUUCACAGUUGGUUUGCCUUUUUGUGGCCCCAAUGUUGUGGACAGCAUUUUCUGUGACCUUCCUCUAGUCAUCAAACUUGCCUGUACUGAUACUUACAACUUAGAGCUCUUGGUUAUUGCAAAUAGUGGACUUCUGUCCUUGAUCUGCUUCCUUCUCUUGCUCAUGUCCUAUAUUGUAAUGCUGGUUACUAUCUUUAAACACUCCUCUAGUGCAUCCUCCAAGGCUGUGUCCACACUAUCUGCUCACAUCACUGUGGUCACUCUCUUUUUUGGUCCAGCUACAUUCAUUUAUGCUUUUCCAUUCAAUAGUUACUCAGUAAAUAAAUUUCUUUCAGUCUUUUAUUCUAUAAUUACCCCCUUUUUAAAUCCAAUUAUUUAUACCCUGAGAAACAAGGAAAUGAAGGCAGCCAUUAAAAGACUGUGUAACCAACGUAUUGGGUAUUGA